CAGACAACACUAGCUGACACUUCCUGUAAGCGCCGCCUCAAACAAAACAAGCAAGUUUCCGUACAACCCAGAGAGAAGGCCGCUGUGAAGAUAUUCUACUACAGCGGACAUAAACAAUACUUUUAUAUUAAUCGCCCGUCUAUAAUCGAGAGAUUGUGUGUUUUAAUACAAGUAUCGAGGCUGUGAGCUGGUAAUUACAGCUAUGAUGGCGUCCAGCUACAGCGCGAAGGAGGAAGACGGUCAUCACUCCGGAUCCGCGGGGCUCGGCGGAACCGCCAUCCGGACUAGAAAGCCCGACAACACCGCCUUCAAACAGCAGCGGUUACCGGCCUGGCAGCCCAUCCUGACCGCGGGGACCGUACUGCCCGCUUUCUUCGUUAUCGGACUCAUCUUUAUCCCCAUAGGAAUCGGCCUCUACGUGACGUCCAACAACAUUAAGGAGUUCGAGAUCGAUUAUACCGGGACUGACAUGUCCAGUCCGUGUUUUAACUGCUCUCAAAGCUUCAGCUGGAACAGCACAACUCCAUGCAAAUGUAUCCUGUCUUUCUCUCUAGAUCAGCCUUUCGAAAGUAAUGUCUUCAUGUACUAUGGCCUCUCAAAUUUCUACCAAAACCAUCGGCGAUAUGUGAAGUCUAGAGAUGACAGCCAGCUUAAUGGAGACGAGCGCUCGCUUAAGGAACCAAGCAAAGAAUGUGAGCCGUACCGCACUAAUGAAAACAAGCCUAUAGCCCCGUGUGGAGCUAUUGCUAACAGCAUGUUUAAUGACACAUUGGACUUGUUUUACAUUGAUCCCAAUGGAACAAAAACACAAAUUCCGUUGAUCAAAAAAGGGAUCGCGUGGUGGACGGACAAACAUGUGAAGUUUAGGAACCCUGGCAGUAACCCGAAUCUUACUGCUGUUUUUAAAGAAACGGCAAAGCCAGUCAACUGGCGCAAGCCUGUUUAUGAGCUGGACACUGACCCAGAAAACAACGGCUUCAUAAAUGAGGAUUUCAUCGUGUGGAUGCGCACAGCUGCUCUCCCCACCUUCAGAAAGCUCUACCGCAUCAUUCAGAAGAAAAACAAUAUGACACCCACACUUCCCAGAGGCAACUACAGCCUUGAGGUCAUCUACAACUACCCCGUGCGCAGCUUUGAGGGCCGUAAGCGUAUGAUCCUCAGCACCAUCUCCUGGAUGGGAGGGAAAAACCCCUUCCUGGGCAUCGCCUACAUAACCGUGGGCUCCAUCUGCUUCUUCCUCGGCGUGGUGCUCCUCUUCAUUCAUCACAAAUACGGAAACCGCAACAACAACUCUGAUAUUCCCAAUUAAGCUUGUCGAGUGCAUGCGUUCUGUCAGGCGCAGGGUUUGCAUCUGUGCGUUUGAAUAGCAUGCUUCGAUUGACGUUUUAAAGGUGCAAGAGCAUUUGACCACUUGAUGUUCUGUUUAUUUAUAAGUCUUAUUUUUUUAACUUUUAUUUUUUCUGAUGAUAGUUGAUGGUUCAUUUCAAGCAUGUUUUGACUGUUGAUAUGCAAAAAUGUCUGAGGUUGAGGUUAGUGUGAUAUUACAGCAUAUGUCCAGGAUAAAGACCAAGUUGUAUAAAGUCCAGUAAAUAAAUGUAUAUUUGUAUUUCACAGAAAUUAUUUUACUUUCAGCCAAAAGUAAUGUUUAAACAGGGCAACAUUAUAUGACUACUUUUAACAGUUUAAUGUACAAGGAAUAAUUUCAUUUUUCCUUGAGGAAAUAUUUUGGCUCUGUGUACUUCCAAACUUCUUUGUAGUGCCAGAUUAUGGUAGGGGUCAAUAAUAACUACCACUAAACUGUAAGGAUUGUUAAAGUCUUUUUGUUUUCUGGAGAUGCUUGUGAUCUUUAAAGAAGCUUUGCUGUGUGUAAUUCAUGGCUUGCGAGGACCAAACGUUUCGUUCUGUCUGUUUAAUUGAAAGUGUCUUGGGCUCAUUCUGGCGGUCAUGUCUUUUGUAAGUGUUUAAGCAUGUCUGCCUCUAACAAAUAAGCACUUUAGAAUGUGACAAGCCGUACAUUUUUGGCCAGUUUUUAGGAGUGUGUGUUUUGCUGCUGGGUGAAUAAAUGUCUAAUUGCUGAA